GCGAGAACGCUGACAGUAUGGCGGCGGGGUGCUGCUGGAAGGAUGCUGUUGUUGCUGAUGAUGUCCGUCCAGCCACCAGAAUGUGAAUUAAAUAUCAGCGAUAGAAGGAAAAGAAGCAAAGAAGGGUCUGACGCCGUGUUCUCCUAAAGCAUCGACAUGGCCAGGCUAGUCGACUACUUCGUGGUGGUCGGGUACGACCUCGAUAAGAGGGGGGCCAGCGAGGGCCAAGGCCGUAUCCUGCAGCGCUUCCCGGAGAAGGACUGGGAGGACAACCCCUUUCCCCAGGGCAUCGAAUUGUUCUGCCAGCCCAGCGGGUGGGAGCUCGCCUCCGAGAGGCUCCCGCCGUGCUUCUUCAUCGCCGUCCUGACCAACAUCAACUCCGAGCGCCAGUACUGCGCCUGCUUCACCUUCUGGGAGGAGGGCGAUGACGCAGAGCCCCAGAAACACCUGUCCUGUGACGCCGAUGAGGAUGAUGAUGGUGGGAUUAUCCAGCCAGCUCAGCUCUUCGCCCCCAAGAGCCUGGUGCUGGUGUCCCGGCUGGACCACGCGGACGUCUUCAGGAACUGCCUGAGCCUGAUUUACACUGUACACGUUGACGGGCUGAACGUUCCCAUGGAGACCCUGGUCGGAAACCUGCUGACCUGCAUCAUUCCCGUAGCAGGAGGUUCGCAGAUGUGCGACUCGGCUGUGUGUAGUUUUAGCUCGGUUCCUCAGAGCCUUGCCUGUUCCUGGCUCCUCGACUGCUUCCAGCCCGGACCAGACGCGGAGGAGGAGAGUGUGAGGACCAUAACGCUGGGGGCAGGAGACCGGCAGGUGAUCCAGACCCCCAUCAACGACUCGCUCCCCGUCAGCGGCUGCAGCGUGGCUCACCUGUUCCGCCAGUUAGGAAUCAACAACGUCCUGUACCUGUUCUGCGCCGCCCUGACCGAACACAAGAUCCUCUUCCUGUCCAGCAGCUACCACCGCCUGACAGAGGCGUGCCGCGCCCUCCUGGCCAUCAUGUUCCCGCUUAAAUACAGUUUCACCUACGUGCCCAUUCUCCCUGGGAAACUCCUGGAGGUGCUCAGUACCCCCACUCCCUUCAUUAUCGGGGUCAACUCCCUCUUCCGCUCAGAGACGCAAGAGCUGUUGGACGUGAUCAUUGCGGAUCUGGACGGCGGCACGGUGACGAUCCCGGAGUGCGUUCACGUCUCCCUGCUCUCCGACCCGCUGCUGCACCAGACCCAGACCGCGCUCUCCAUGGUGCUGGAUCCUGAGCUGGAGGUGGCCGACCACGCCUUCCCCCCGGCCUCUGCCGUGCCCUCUGCUCUGAAAAUACAGGAUAAGGAGCUCCGCGGCGUCUUCCUCUGGCUGUUCGCACGGCUGCUCCAGGGCUACCGCUGGUGCCUCCACAUCAUCCGCAUCCACCCCGAGCCCGUCAUCCGCUUCCACAAGGCUGCGUUCCUGGGCCAGCGUGCCCUGACUGAGGAUGACUUCCUGAUGAAGGUUCUGGACGGCAUGGCCUUCGGCGGCUUCGUGUCUGAGAGAGGCCCUCCGUACCGCCCCACCGACCUGUUCGACGAGCUCAUCGCCAACCAGAUGGAGCGCAUCCGCAGGGAGGAGGGAAACCCCCAAAAAGUUAUGAGCCACGUCAAGGAGCUCGCCGAGCAGCUCUUCAAAAACGAGAACCCGUACCCGGCCGUGGCCAUGCGCAGGCUCCAGAGGCCCACAGAGGCCUCUCACGUGCAGCUCCACCAGACGGCCUUCCCUCACCUGGACGAGGUGGCCGUGCAGCUCUUCAUCGACCACGCCGCCGCCAAGCUGAACAGCGCUCCGCCCGCCAUCCGGCCCCAGAGCAAGGGCAUGGUGGGAUCUGGAGCCCCUCUGGGUGAGGUGGUGGACCGGCACGGUAGCGCUCUGGCUAACAGCGCCCGCAGGCUGGAGGUGGUGCGCAGCUGCGUCUCCUGCGUCUUCGACGGCAAGCUGCUGGAGGCCAAGAAGCUGCUGCCGGCGGUACUGCGGGCUCUGAAAGGCCGGGCGGCGCGCCUGUGUCUGACCCAGGAGCUGAACCUGCACGUGCUGCAGAACCGGGCCGUGCUGGACGACCAGCAGUUCGACUACAUCGUGCGCAUGAUGAACUGCACGCUCCAGGACUGCUCCCACAUGGACGAGCAUGGUAUUGCGGCCGCCCUGCUCCCCCUGGUCACAGCCUUCUGCAGAAAACUGGGGGCGGGCACCACGCAGUUCUCCUACAGCUGCGUGCAGGAGCACACGGUGUGGACCAACAUGCAGUUCUGGGAGGCCAUGUUCUACAGCGACGUGCAGAACCACAUCCGGGCGCUCUACCUGGAGGGCAACGAGAACGGGCGGCUCAGUCCGGACGGAGAGCAGGCAGGGGAAGAGCACGAGGAGUCGCGCUCGGCCCUGGAGAUCGCCUCGGAGCAGCGGCGCCUGUGGCCCACGCUGUGCAGCGACAAGCAGCAGGAGCUGGUGCAGAAGGAGGAGAGCACCGUGUUCAGCCAGGCCAUCCACUACGCCAACCGCAUGAGCUACCUGCUGCUGCCGCUGGACACCAGCAAGAACCGCCUGCUGCGUGGCACCGGCCUGGCCGACCUGGAGAGCGUCAGCAACAGCUACGUCACCAACAGCAUCGCGGGCAGCGUGGCGGAGAGCUACGACACGGAGAGCGGGUUCGAGGACGCCGAGAGCUCGGACGUGGCCAACUCGGUGGUGCGCUUCAUCAACCGCUUCGUGGACAAGGUGUGCAACGAGAGCGGCGUGACCAACGAGCACCUGAAGGCCCUGCACGCCAUGAUCCCAGACAUCGUUCAGAUGCACAUUGAGACCCUGGAUGCGGUCCACAGGGAAAGUAAAAGACUGCCUCCGAUCCAGAAGCCCAAACUGCUGAGGCCCGCUCUGCUCCCAGGGGAGGAGCUGAUGAUGGAGGGCAUGAGGGUCUACCUCAUUUCGGACGGGCGGGAGGAGGCCACCGGGGUGAUGGGAGGCCCACCCCUGCUGCCCGCCGAGGGGGCCGUCUUCCUCACCACCUACCGUCUCAUCUUCAGAGGGACCCCCACCGACCCCCUCGUAGGGGAGCAGGUGCUGACCCGAUCCUUCCCCGUCGCCUCGCUCACCAAGGAGAAGAAGGUCUCCGUCUCCCUGUCCAUGGACCAGUUCAUCCAGGAGGGUCUGCAGCUGCGUUCCGGAACCUUCCAGCUGAUGAAGAUCGCCUUCGACGAGGAGGUGGCCUCCGACCUGGCGGAGGUGUUCCGGAAGCAUCUGCACAAGCUGCGCUACCCGCAGCACGUCCACGGGACCUUCGCCUUCACCGCCAGCCAGUCCGGCAAGAUGGCGGUCGAGCACAAGAGCAAGGAAAAGAACCAGUCUUUCAGCCCCUGGCAGACUAGCGAGCUGCUCCACGGCCUCAAGUCUGGCGUUUGCACUCUGGGCCGCGUGAGCCACUCCACUACAACGAUCAGUAAGAAUCUUGUGAAGAGUGCCAAGAGGACGAUUGGUCUACAGUACGUGACCCGGAAGAAGUACACGCCCCCGACCUGGGAGAGCCGGACCAGUCUGCAGUCACAGCCGGACGAGGAUGAAAUCUCAGUGUCUGAGGAGGCGGAGCCGAGCUCGCCGCUCCCCCUGCCCUCCACCAUCAAGCCGUCGGACCGGCAGACCAUGAGCAGCGUGGUGGAGCGGGCCUGUUGCCGUGACUACCAGCGGCUGGGCCUGGGCACGCUCAGCAGCAGCCUGACCCGGUCUAAGAACGAGCCCUUCCGCAUCUCCACCGUCAACCGCAUGUACACCGUGUGCCGCAGUUACCCCGGACUGCUGGUGGUGCCCCAGGGCAUCCCGGACGGCCCCAUCCAGCGCAUCUCGCGCUGCUACCGGCAGAACCGCUUCCCCGUGGUGUGCUGGAGGAGCUCCCGCACCAAGGCUGUGCUGCUGCGCUCCGCCGGGCCCCACGGCAAGGGCGUGGCCGGCUUCUUCAAGUCCCCCAACGCGCCCAGCCCAGGCCCCUCCCAGACGGACUCCAGCAGCCUGGAGCAGGAGAAGUACCUGCAGGCCAUCAUCAGCUCCAUGCCCUCGUACUCCGAGCCCAGCGGCAGGAACACGCUGAGCGGCUUCAGCACCGCCCGCACGGCCAGCUCAGACGCGCCGGACAGGCUGAGACAGCCCAAAAUCGGAGCCCUGAUGAAGCAGGUGAUGGGGAGCAAGGAGGAGCCGCACGGGACCUUCAGCAGAGGAGCGCUGGGUCAAAGGGCAGGGGUCGUUUCCCUCUCUCAACCUAGAGCUUCAGGGAGGGGCCGAAACAAUCCCAGAGGGAAAUGGGGCAGCAUGCGCGGGACGGGGCGGAUGAGCGCCUACAACCCCGAGGUGGGAAACAGGCUGGCGGGGAAGGAGUCCCCCAAGGCCAACGGCGGGCCGUCCGAGGCCCACUUCCUGCGCCCGCAGAGGGCCUACCUCUACAUCAUCGGGGACAAGUCACAGCUCAAGGGAACCAAGCCGGACUUGUUCCAGCAGUGGGAGGUGGUGCCCAUCGAGGUGUUCGACGUGCGGCAGGUGAAGACCAGCUUCAAGAAGCUGAUGAAGGCCUGCGUGCCCAGCUCCUCUUCCUUAGACCCCAACGCCACCUUCCACCGCUGCCUGGAGGAGUCAGAGUGGAUGUGCCUGCUGCACAAGGUGCUGCAGGUGUCUGUGCUGGUGGUGGAGCUUCUGGACAGCGGCUCGUCUGUCAUGGUCAGUCUGGAGGACGGCUGGGACAUCACCACACAGGUCAUGUCCCUGGUGCAGCUGCUGUCGGACCCGUACUACCGGACGCUGGACGGGUUCCGGCUGCUCCUGGAGAAGGAGUGGCUGUCGUUCGGUCACCGGUUCAGCCAGCGCGGCGCCCAGACGCUGGCCGGCCAGAGCUCGGGCUUCACGCCCGUCUUCCUGCAGUUCCUGGACUGUGUGCACCAGAUCCACCUGCAGUUCCCCAUGGAGUUUGAGUUCAGCCAGUACUACCUGAAGUUCCUGGCCUACCAUUACAUGUCUAACCGAUUUCGGACCUUCCUGCUGGACUCUGACUAUGAGCGGAUUGAACUGGGUGUCAUGUACGAGGAGAAGGGAGAGAGGAAGAACCAGCAGGUGUUCAAGUCUGUGUGGGAUUACAUCGACCGGCUCAACAAGAAGACGCCCGUCUUCUUCAACUACAUGUUCGCACCCGAGGACGGAGAGGUGCUGAAGCCCUACAGCAACAUCUCCAACCUGAAGGUGUGGGACUUCUACACGGGGGAGACGCUGUCCGAGGACCCCUCGUACGACUGGGAGCUGGUGCCGGGGCGGGCGGGGCAGCCCGAGGAGGGGGAGAGGCCCGACGCCGCCGCCGCCGCCACCCCCAAAUCCCAGCGGCGCGUCGUGUGGCCCUGCUACGACAACUGCGCCAAAGUCCUGCCGGACGCCAUCACCAAGCUCCUCCAGGAGCUCCAGGAUCUGGAGGCGGAGCUUGGCCACAUGCCUGAGAAGUGGAAGGACACCUGGGACAAGAUCAAGGCCGCGCAUCGACUAGAGGCCAAGCUGGAGAACAGGCACUCCGUCUCCAGCUCUCUGAUCUCCUCGAACCUGAGCCACCAGCGGCGCUUGCAGGGUGUGUACCUGCAGGAGAGCGGCAUGGGCUCCACCAUCAACCUGUCCCUGAGUGCGGAGCACCGCCCCCCCUCCACCCCUGCGGGCGGCCUGGCGGGACAGCCCAGCACCAGCACCCUGUACAGCCAGUUCCACAGCACCGAGAGCGAGAACAGGUCCUUCGAGGGAAUACUGUACAAGAGGGGUGCCCUCCUGAAACCGUGGAAACCACGCUGGUUUGUGCUGGACAAGACAAAGCACCAGCUGAGAUACUAUGAGGCUCGGCAGGACAGGGAAUGUAAGGGUGUGAUUGACCUGGCGGAGGUGGAGGCCGUCACCCCUGGAACCCCGACCAUGGGGGCGCCAAAACACAUGGACGAGAAAGCCUUCUUCGACCUGAAGCUCACCAGGAGGGUGUAUAACUUCUGCGCUCAGGACAGCCAGAAUGCUCAGCUGUGGAUGGAUAGUAUUCAGAGUUGCCUGUCUGAUGCCUAGGUACCCCCCUCAAGAUGCAGGUGCAUUGUGGGAGAGCUGCGGGGGGCGGGGAGGGGGUCUCGCCACAGGGGCACUCGUGGACCACUUGGCUGGCCAAUCACAGAGUCCCGGGGCUGAAGGGCGGGAAGAACGUGGGCAGGCCUGGCCUGUGUUGGUGACGUGCAGCUGAUGAUGUCAUAUCACCGUGUUUCCAGUGUUCUUCUCGAGGCCAAUCGCUGUUGUUGUAUCGUUGUAACGCCACAGCUGUCGUGAAGCUAAAGCUGCCACGCCUCACCUGGAUCCUCUCGAAAUGGGAUAAAAGCAAGGGCGCUUCAUCGUUUUUGGAUCGAGGGUCCUGGCAGCAACUGGCAUUCCGCCAACAGGCAACCUGAAAAAAACGCUCAAUUUCUCAAGAACUACGAUUCCCAUGAACACUCCAAACUACAUCCAUUAGAGCGUUGGGGGUUGGUGUUGUCCUUCUCAGAUUCCCCCCGCUUACCGCAACAGCGCUAUCCUGGGGUGGGUCUUUGAUUGAACCUUACCUACUCUAGCUCUCUUCCACUUUAAUCUGGAGGACAUUCAGAAAUCCAAAAUCUGCUCUCUUAUUAAAAUUAGAGGAGGCAUAGGCACUGCUGUGUCACUGUUCAUUCGCAUUGCAGACACAGUGGCAGUUGGUCACACAUGCAACCCGUUCGUUCUCAUCUGGCUUCCCUCAGCAGUGCUGGAAUAGCCAGGUAAAUGCGUAGAAAAGUAAGGAUUCAAAGUGAGCCUGUUUUUUUUUUUUUUUUGUUUCAGUUCUGCUUUUUGUUGUUUUUGUUGCUGCGUUUCAUCGUUCCAGUUACAGUGGGAAAUAUCCGUUGUUUCAUUUACACUGUGAAAAUAAUUCGCCCUCCUCGUCUGCAGUAGCAUUCAGGUCAGUGCCAGUUUGAAAUGAUGUGCCUAAUGAACACAGGUGAAGUGAGCGCGCGAUAUGAAUUCAAUUGUUUACAAAGCAGCUAUCAAGUUUGGUUCUUUAUUAUAUUUAAGGAAGAAAGAAACCACUAUGGAAUGCUUAAAAAUGAAGGGACGCGGAAGGAAAGAGGGGGAUAGGUUUUGCAAGUAAAUUAUGCACAAUAAAAAAGGUUAAGGAGAAAGACAGAAGGGGCCCAGGAUGACUGCAUAGAGGCAGUGAGAGUGUGCAACAGGCUGGCCUGGGGGCGUGGCCUGUGACGUCACAGUGUCCCGCCUGUCAAACUCCUUACGGUCCAAUAGCAAGGGAGAGCAGUGUGCUCUCAAUAGCACUGUUUGUCUUAACGAGAGGAGGAAACGUGUCAGUGGUCUGUUUCUUAACUGAGCGCUGAUUGAGCGUUGAAACGAGGUUGAAAUGCUCGAUUGUCGGGUUGAGCUCCCGACCAAUAAGGGUGCUGGAGAGACCUCUCGUCUUGAGGGAACAUGUGACAGCCCUGGUGGAAGAACAAAUUUCUGUAAUCGUACUUAGACAGCAAAAUAACCCGGGCAGAUCUCAAGAUGGCUGCUGCCAGUGAUACAUCAUUUUAAAAUAUUUUUUUGUGUCUCAGUUUAAGUAGUGACCCGCCCCUUCGUUUCAGAAAAGGCCAGAGAACGUGUGUCUUGCAGAGAGUAAUACGAGGAACCCUUGGGGAGGGAACUGAAGUUUUCUGUGAAGUAGCAGCAGCAGCACCCUGUUUUGGUGAACCUUAGACUCCAAACUGAGACAAGGCUAAUAAAGGUUAUGUAAUGUUGUGGUAAUGGUCAUGUAGUUGCCGCGGUAACGCAGGCCUCAGUUAGUCCUGUCUUUCUCGCCACUGUGGUUCUACACCAGUAAACAGUUUUACAUAGAAGCUGUUACAUUUAUGUAUUACUUGUAUAUAGUUAAAAACUUUUUGCGGUUUCUUUUUUCUCUCUCUCUUUUUUUAAGAGAGGAUAUAUUGUCAGGGCGCAGAAGUGGGCGGUCGUGGUGUCAGGGCCACGGUAGGCUUGUGAAGAGACUUUAUUUGCCUCAUAACCACAUUUUACAAGUUUGUUUAUUCUCCGUCCAUGUACGGACGUGUGUGUGUGUGUGGGUGUGUGUGUGGGUGUGGUGAGGAGUGUCUCGUUUACUUAAGCAAAAUGGCGUCAAGAAUUUGGUUUAGACUACUCCUUCACCACACAGUCAGUAUCAUAUUUGCAGUUCCCAAUGAAUUGUUUUUUUUUUUUUUACGUGACAGCAACUUCUAUUAGAGACAAAGAAAAUAAAACAGAAAGUUUCCAGCAGAGUUAGCAGUAGUUUGGGCAUAGCUGCUCUUAAAAUAAUGCGUUUGAGUGUUUCCUUCGAGUGUGACUGAUGGGAGGGAGCACAGAUCUCCACAGCUGCACUUUGCUGAACAUUGCUGCAAGAAGAAGCCCCCCAGAAUUUUUUUUUUUUUUUUGUAAAUAUCUGAGGAUGACCAUCGAGGGAGAACGCAGCACUUCGCUUUCCCUCUUUCUCCAAAAAGAGAAACGGCUGGAAAAUGUGGCAUGUUAUCUAUUUGACCCCAGAUGCAAAGAUGACAUUUUUACGCACACAUGCAACCUCUAUACAUAACCACUGUAUUGUACAAACAUGGUCAACCUGGUGCAGCGAUACUCAACUCCAGGUCCUGUGGGCCGCAGAUUCUGGAGGGAUUUGCUUCAGCCAUACACUACACCACCUGAUUUCACUCAUGACCUCACUUCCUGAACCAAGGGGGUAAAGUAAUUUGUGAAAUCAGGUGGUUGGAGCAAAUACCUGCAGACAGGGUGGCCCACAGGACCUGGAGUUGAGUAACGGUGUCCUAAUGCAUUGUGGAACUUUUAAAUUUUAAAUAUAGAUGCUUGUUUGAAUAACCAUCACUUGUAUAUACCAUACAGUUCAAAAUGUUUAUGUAACAUGCGAUAGUAAUUUAUUUAACUUUGUUUCAUGUGUAAGAAGGUUAUUAAAUCAAGUUUGCUCCUUUAGGCAUUCUUAUUUUUGAAGUAGGAGAACAAUGUGCCAUUGUUAACUUCUGUGUUAACACUGCUACUUGUUCAAAAGGUUACUGUCAACCUCUGUUUCUGCUCUGUUCCACAUUCUCUUUUUCUGACACGGCAGUCCUGCAUAUGUUCAGACAGUGAAAGGACAUACGGGGGGGUGUUUUGGCAGAUGAUUCAACUUCUGUGAUGCAGCAUUCUGUGAUACAGUGUGUUCUGUGUUCUGUGAUGCUGUGACACAUUGUGUUCUGUGACGCUAUGACACAGUGUGUUCUGUGAUGCAGCAUUCUGUGAUGCACUGUGUUCUGUGUUCUGUGAUGCUGUGACACAUUGUGUUCUGUGACGCUAUGACACAGUGUGUUCUGUGAUGCAGCAUUCUGUGAUACAGUGUGUUCUGUGUUCUGUGAUGCUGUGACACAUUGUGUUCUGUGACGCUAUGACACAGUGUGUUCUGUGAUGCAGCAUUCUGUGAUACAGUGUGUUCUGUGUUCUGUGAUGCUGUGACACAUUGUGUUCUGUGACGCUAUGACACAGUGUGUUCUGUGAUGCAGCAUUCUGUGAUAGUGUGUUCUGUGUUCUGUGAUGCAUUGUGUUCUAUGGAACCUGCUGAUGAACGCUUGCUCUCUCUCAGCUCACAGAGUCCUGCUCCUGUGUCUCCUGCCCCAGGGUCUCGCGCUUGCACGAUUGGACAAACACAUUCGGUAGCUGAACAAAUCUUUUUUUUUUAAAUGUUUCUUUCUUUCCUUCAGAAAACACCUGAGCCAGGCUGUGUUGUCAAUCAUGUAAAUUUAUUUUAUUUUUUAUUUUAUUUUUUAGGAUUAAACAAUGAAUGUUC